CUGCCGUUUUUGAUUGGCUCUCUGCUUCUCGUCCCGGUGUCCUUGUGGAUAAAGAACUGGAAAACCAUUCAGCUGCUGAUCGCGGUCUUUCAGACGCUAUCGACGUUGCUCUAUUAUUUGAUUCCGGAAUCGCCUCGGUGGCUGAUCGCCAGCAACAGGAUGAGGGAAGCGGAGAUCAUCAUCAGACGCGCCUGCAACGUCAACAGAACGACACUGCCGCCAAAUCUAGAGCUAAUAAAACAUCCGGAACAGCAGCAGUGGAUAAAAUCCGGAAAGAAGCCGAACUUGUUCCAGAUCCUUAAGUCAUCUGAAAUCCUGACCAGAACUGUUGUUAUAUCCGUGCUUUGGGUGGCAACGCUGCUCAACUGCUAUGCCGUGUUGGUCUGCCUUGCUGACGCUCUUAAUUCGGAGAGAACCGUAGUUGACAUUGAUUUCUUUUUGCGGAACACCAUUCUUGGAGCUUUGGAAUUGCCCUCCCUUAUUCUGUGUUUGCUCAUUUCAAGGUACACGGUCAUGAAUUUUUUCUUGGCCCUGCUGGCCAAAACGUUGGCCAUGACUUCGCUAUACACUCUUUGCCUUUUUACCGUGGAGUUGUUUCCGACGGUCAUUCGAAACUCAGCCGUAGGCAUCUGCUCCAUGGUAGCCUGCAUUGGUGUCGGCAUCGCCUCUUACAUGAGGAUCUUGUCCAUGGUCCAUUUUGCAAGGUACCCGUCGAUGGUAUUCGGUCUGUUUUCGCUGCUAUCUGCCUUCCUCGUUUUGCUUAUGCCAGAGACGAGGGAUGCUACUUUGCCAGACUCGUGUUUGGAUGCCGUCGUACUUUGA